GGAAGUGUCCUGCUCCUAAAAACCAGCUUUCAAAUAAGUACAACAAAUAUUCUCUAGUAAUGGCAGAAGGACGCUCACUCCUGGAGGAGGAUUUCAACUGCCCCAUAUGUUGUGACAUAUUUAAGGGUCCUGUGGUGCUGAAAUGCAGUCACAGUCUUUGUGAGGAAUGUCUGCGGGAGUACUGGGGCACUCAGGCCGUGUUGCAGUGUCCCGUGUGUAGGAAGGAGUGCUCACCAGACGAGCCCACCAGGAGCCUAGCUUUCACCAGCCUCUGUGAGAACUUUAAAAACAGAAAAUGUGCAGCUGCGGCAGUUGACAUCUGCCCCGAGCACGACGAGAAGCUCAAACUCUUCUGCUUUGAGGAUAAACAGCCUAUCUGUGUGGUCUGUUACACUUCAAAGAAGCAUAAAGAUCAUCACUGUUCCCCUAUUGUGGAAGCAGUGGAAGACUUAAAGGCAGAAGUGAAGUCAGGCAUUUCUGGUCUGCGGCACAACCUUCAAAUUCUGAAUAAAUCUAAAGCAGAAUAUGAACUCCUGGCAGAAACUAUAAAGGAUGAGAGACAGAAUGUGGAGAAGAUGCUUAGGCAAGAGUUUGACAGCCUUCAUCAGGUCCUUAAAGAGGAAGAGGAGGCCCGAAUUUUGGCCCUGAGAGAGGAAGAGAUGAAGAAAUAUGAGAAGACCAAAAAAAGAAUUGAGAAGUUGUCGUCUGAAAUCUUAAACCUCUCUAUGACCAUCCAAGUGUCCAGCCAGAAGAUGGAGAUGGACGAGAUCACUUUUCUCCAGCACUAUGCCAACAAUCACUAUAGCCCAGCCAAGUACAUGCUCCCUGAGCCUGACAUGAUCUCGGGAAUAGACACAGCAAAACAUCUGAGAUUCCUGAAUCUCAAUUUACAGGCAAAGAUGUGUGAACUUCUCAAAGACCCUCCCCAGUUGGUGACUCUUGACCCAAACACAGCUUCCAAUAAGCUGGUGGUGUCUGAGGACAUGUGCAGUGUGUUCUACGUGGAGCAAAAGCUGACAGUGCCUGAUAACCCAGAGAGGCUGUAUGUGGGGGUGCUGGGCUCUCAGGGCUUCAGGUCAGGCCUGCACUGCUGGGACGUGGAGGUGGGGGACAAUGACCACUGGACAGUAGGUGUGGUCAAGGAGUCCAUAGAGAGGAAGAAGCUACUGAAGAUGGACCCGUGCAGUGGAAUGUGGAGUAUUCGCUUCACCAGCGGGAAGUAUCGCGUCGGGGUGAAGGCUCGGAAGGAGCUCAGCCUGCCAGAGAAGCCACGGGUCAUCCGAGUCCUGCUGGACUGUGACAGCGGCACAGUUACAUUCUCUGAUCCCUCCAAAGGGCCUUCUGUGUACACCUUCACUGAUACAUUUACAGAAACACUGUUUCCUUACUUUAAUACUGCGAGUACUGUUUGCCCACUGCGCAUCUCCUAACCAGGAGGCCUUACUACAUUUUUUAUUGGUUUUUAUUUGGCUCUAUUGCAUCAGUGCUGUUUUUUGAAGUGCCACAAGAUGGCAGCACACACAGAUUUUGCAAGUGUUAAGAGAAUGCAAGCCCUACUAUUCCAGUGUAAACCUGAAAUUUUAGAUGUAUAUAAAACAAACAGGAAUGGCAAGCAAAUUGCCAUUGUCCUUUGAUAUUACUGAAAAAUCUAUACAAUAAAGGUGAAAUACUAAGUAAAUAAAAUCCCCAAUUCCCAGCAU